AUGGUACUGGAACAAAAAGACGCCUUCAAACUUGGACUUGCUGGUGAGCAACACAUUGUUAAUGGCACCAACUUGAGCUCUUUUAUCAAUUCGGAGGCCUCGAAGCGCAAUGCGCUUAGGCACAAAAAGCACAAAGAUCUCGAUGUAACGCUUGCCUUGAGAGCCAUUGAGCUGUAUGUGGCAAAAAAAAAUACCAUAGAAGAUCUUUGCAAUGCCUUGAUGUGUAUGUUGUCGCAUUACAUAUACCUUCGUAAUGGCUCUUCUCGUGGUGCAGAGCUGGUAGUUCCCCAGUUUGUGGUAUACGAAAAUAAAGAGCCAACGCUUCGUUCAGGUCUGCUCUUCUCUGAUGACUGA